AAAUUAAAUCAGCGAGUGAAAAUACCUUUGAUAGAGUGUCAACAAAUUUAAUCCUUUGAUUUAAUCAAUAAUAAUUUAAUUAAGAGCACAGUCUUGUUUAUUCGAUUCUGUACGAGUUGUUUUCAUUGUUGCUAAUGAGAAAGCAUGAAAGCUUGGUCACGUGAUAUAUGUGAUUUAAUUUGACAGGUAGAAAAACAAGGACUUCAAUUCUCGAGUAUUUUUUCACUAACUGAGGAUAUUUUACGUUAAAAAAUGACUAAAGUUGCUGAUGAGGAAGAAGGAAAGAAGGAAAAACAAGAGAGUAAAGAAGAAUACAAAGGGGAUAAACGUCAGUAUGAUCCAAAUUUCAAGGGACCAAUCAAGAACAGGUCAUGUACAGAUAUAAUAUGCUGUUUGUUAUUUUUAAUUUUCUUUAGUGGAAUGAUCAUUUGCACCGUCAUUGGUUACACAAGAGGUGAUCCAUAUAAACUUAUUUUACCAACAGAUACGAAAGGACAAAUUUGUGGCUAUGAUGCAGCAGUAAAAGACAAACCAUAUUUAGCCUACUUUGACAUAUCAACAUGUGCACAGAUGGGUGCUGCAGUGGUUGUGAGUGGCUGUCCCACACCUGCGGUGUGUCGAGCUGCCUGUCCAACUGGUUAUUAUGUAUAUUUAGAGACAAAGGCAGCAGCACUUGGAACCUUAACACAGGCUGACGUGGACAAGAUGAUCUGUAAAGACUGGAUCUCACCACAACCUACCACUAGUGCUUCCAGUUCUGACAUUCAAGCUUUUAUAGACGAUGAUGAAUGUGCACCAUAUUAUAUGGAUUCAACAGAUGUGGUGAACAGGUGUGUGCCAUCUAUAUUUAACACAAUUACAGAUUAUGCAGCAGAUUUGUAUUAUACAGAUAGUGGUGGAACUAAUCGUACUCUUAAAACAAGCAGUGGGACUAGUCUUACCGGUACAUUAAUUAGUAGCGCAAGCGGAUACUUGGCACAUUUUUACUCUGCAGUGCAGCAAAUUGAAAUGGUAAUGAAAGACAUAGUAGCAUCCGGUUACCUGAUUCUGAUUUUCCUUGGAAUGGGAACAGUGUUUGCCUUCCUGUGGAUUGUAAUAAUGAGAUGGGUAUCAGGAGCUAUGGUUUGGAUCAGUAUCUUCAUGGUUAUUGGACUUUUGGGAUUUGGUGCCUGUUGGUGUUUUAUAAAAUAUUAUGAAAUAAAGGAUACGAAUGUUGUGAGCAAAUGGGGAUUUGAUGAAGCUUUUGCUCUGAAUUUUUCCUAUUAUCUGCAACUGAAAGAAACUUGGCUGGCUUUUGCUUGUACCACAUCAACAUUCCUGGCUAUAUUUGUCUUCCUUUUGUUGAUAUUGUGCAGUAGAAUUUGCCUGGCUAUUGAAUUGAUAAAAGAGGGAAGCAGAGCUAUUGGAAACAUGAUUUUUACGCUGUUUUGGCCUAUAAUACCGUUCCUGUUACAGAUUUGUUUGCUCAUAUACAUGGGAUUCAGUGUUGCAUACAUUGCUUCUAUGGGAAAUUCUGAAUUUUACUCUAAUUCGACCAAUACAACGUCCAAUGGAGUGGACUACUAUCUAUCCAGAACACCAUGUACUCCUGAUUCUUCAACAGCUGGACAACUUUGUGACUUUGUGAAAUAUGGAGGUGAAGAAUACAUCAUACCUGUGUUAGUGUUUAUGUUGUUCAUGUUUCUGUGGGUAAUGAACUUUAUUGUUGCUCUGGGUCAGAUGACUCUUGCUGGAUCAUUUGCUUCAUACUACUGGGCAUUUGAAAAGCCCAAGGACAUUCCAGCAUUCCCACUUACUGCUGCUUUUUACAGAAGUUUGAGAUAUCAUUUGGGAACACUAGCAUUUGGAUCUCUUAUCAUAGCAAUUAUACAGAUGAUCAGGAUUGUAUUGGAAUAUCUUGAUCAUAAAAUAAAAGGAAAAGAAAAUCCAGUAGCGAAGUUCUUCCUCAAGUGUUUAAAAUGCUGCUUCUGGUGUUUAGAAAAGUUUGUGAAGUUUAUGAACAGAAAUGCUUAUAUAAUGACUGCAGUGUAUGGAAGAAACUUUUGUUCUGCUGCUAAAGAAGCAUUUUUCUUACUUCUUAGGAAUGUUGUCAGAGCUGUUGUUUUAGACAAGAUUUGUGAUUAUGUAUUGUUUAUCAGCAAACUGAUGGUAACAGCAGCUGUUGGUGUGGGAGCCUAUUUCUGGUUUUCUGGUGGGAUAGACUUUUUCCAGAAGUACAAUCCCAAUUUGAAUUACUUCCUUGCUCCAGUGGUGAUUGUAGUGAUUGGGAUGUUUAUUAUAGCCUGCACUUUCUUCAGUGUGUAUAACAUGGCUGUAGACACACUAUUCUUGUGUUUCUUGGAAGAUUUGGAAAUGCAUGAUGGAUCACCUGAAAAACCGUACUUUAUGAGCAAAAGUUUGAUGAAAAUCCUCAAUAAGACUAACAAAUUUGAAGAACCAAAAGGAAAGAAAUAAAUAUGUAUCAGAGAUUUCCGUAAGAAAGACAGCAAUAAGAGAUUUGUUAUUGAACAAUUUACAGUUUGUGUGAUAUUAUGCGGGAACAUAAGUUUUAUUUCACAAUGGAAGCUGUAAUUUAGGUAUUUUAACUUAAAAAGAUACAUAACUCAGGAACAAUUCUUUAAAAUUUAUAAAUUUGAAAUUUGAAUGUUAAUUUUUUUCCCUUUGUCCGUUUUAAUGUCUUCAACAGCAUUGAUAGUUAUUCAUCUGAUAUCUUUAUGUUUUUAGUUGGUUAUAGUAUACACCUAUUGACUGGUUAUGAGGGUAAUAGCAAGUUUGUUGUCCCUGAGAUACCAACUAUUGAUCGAGGUGAAGCCGAGGGCAAUAGUUGGUAUCAAAGGGACAACAAGCUUGCUAUUACACUCAUAACCAGUCAUUAAGUGUUUUAUUAUAAUGAACAAAACAACUUUUUGAAAAGACUACAUACGCCACUUGGAAAAAAACUAAAUAGUCAAAUAAACAUGCACAAGAUGAACUAAUAGGUUUUUUUUCACCUGUGUGAUAUUUGUCAAUAUUUUAUUUACUUUAAUCAAGAUCAGGAAUCCUUGUGUAAAAAUUCCUGUGCAUAAAAUAAAUGCUAGCUUAUAUAAUAAUUAUAUUACCAUGCAUACACCAAAGCAAUCCCAGAUUAUGAAGACGGCGACAGACCCAUACCAUAUAUUUGUUAUGUUUUAGUUCUUAAAAUAUCUCAUGUAGAUUUUCUUUUUCUUUUUUAAUUGCUUCUGGUAAGUAAUAUAUUAAUUUGAAAUUACAACGACAGACACAUACAGAUUAUACCAUUUACAAUAUUUCAUAGUUUAACAUUGCCAAGCACACAAAUCCAAGCAGGAAAGUCAAUCACGUCAUUGUUGUCCAAUGCAAAAUUAGUAUGAAAAAGUACGGGAAAUAUGUUUAUUAAACUAUUGACCGGGGUAAUAGUCUUUGAAACGAUUGACUGGCAAAUAGUCUGUGGAAUGAAAUAGCACAAAUGUUGCAUUCUUUUUUAUAUUGAAAAAACAUACUGAGUUAUAAUAAUACUUAAUAUUCUAAAUAGUGGAAUUGAAAGAUUGAAUAGUUUGGUUUCAGCAUGGUUUUGACACAGGACUUAUUUUAGCCAGACUUCCACUCCGUAUUCUUUAAUUCAUCAUUGGAAGGGGGAUUAAUGUUAUUUUAAUGGCUCAAACUUGUAAUCAUCUGUAUAUAUUAAAGUACAUUAAGUUAAUCCAUAAAUGUAACCUCUAUGUACCCAGAUUGCCUAUAUGGUACCCAAAUCUCUAAAUACAGGAAAGGUUUAUUUCAGAACAAGAACAUGACAAUAGUAAGGUAUUUAUGUGUGUUUUUUGUUGUAAGAUUCAAAGUUAUCCAAUCAUAAGACUGAGGGAUUUGGAUACACCCGUCAUGAGAUAUUUCUAUCUACCACUGAUGAAUUACUGAAGAUAGGAUAUUUAUGUUAAAAAUGUGUAUUAUGCCAGUUGUCCCACCAAUAGACAAUCAAAAGAAUGACUAUGUGAUAAAUUGUUGAUUAUUGUGAAGAAAUAUUGUACAUGAAUUGCAAAUGGCCGAAUCAGGGUAUUUUUUAGCAAGGCAGAAAAUAUGUUGAGAAAAUGUUGUUGGAUAUUUGUUAAUUGUUAUUGUGCACAUUUCAUACACAAAAAUGCAUUGAAAUAAGUGUAAUAUUGUCCCACUUAAUUAAUAUCCACUGUGCUGUGCUUUACUAAUUUCACUUGUUAUAUUAUUAUUAAAUGUACAACUUGAGAAGUCCCGUUUCUUUUGAAGGUAUUUUUAAUUUUUAUAUUGCACUAUACAGAUCAUGUUAGAAUUCCUCAUCAAGUCUCAUGUAAAUCUAAAAAACAUUUAGUCCCAUCAAUUUUAUUCACAGUUUUAUAUAUACAUUCCCUUAUAUUCUUUUAUAAAUAUAUUAUGACAGAUUUUUAUGUGUAGAUAAAUUGUUUAAUAAUGUUUUUUUAAUGUGUAGAUUUGUUUUAAUGUUAAUUGUAUAAAGAUUUUCUUUCAUUUUGUGUGUUACAGAUAUUUAUGUAAAGUUGAGGACUGAUAGCAAUAAAUCUGUGAAAAAAACUGAGAAAAUAGAAAAUGUUCUUUUUUUCACUAUCAGACAAGGGAUUCCAACUUUACUUUUUUUCUUAAAAAAAAAAGGAAUAAACCAGUUGUUUCCUUAUUAAAGUUUGCAAGGCAGUUGAUGCAAACUUAAUUUUUAGAACAUAUAUUCUAUAUUUACAUCAUUAUUUAGAAUACUAUAUCAAUGCAAUAUGUUAUAAAUAAAAUCUAUGAUCUUGGCUGGUUCCAAGGUUUGUAUAUACAGAUAGGUAAUUGUGUUUUAAUGCCCGGUAACAGUAGAUUUUACGUCCGCAAAACUUAUUCUGUUUAUUAGAAUUGAUAAAUCUGCCCUGUCAAGGUCUAUUAGAAUUAUAAUUACAAAGAGAAUUUACAUUUGACUGCUAAGAAAUAGUUGGAAAUAGUUUUGGUAAUUUUUAAUUCUUUCAAAAUUGUCUAAUUUAACAUUAUAACCAUCUUCAUGAUGUUGGAUAUUUUUAUGAAUUAAAGUAAAAAUCUUCAGUCAUCUACCAUAAAAUAUUAAGUGGAGGCAAUGAUGGUUGCAGUCAUUGGCAAUAACGUUGUGCAAUCGCAGUCGACAAUUUUGGGAUAUUUUCUUGAACAUUUAAAAAUACUGCAUCAGAAUGGAGCUCUUUGUUGACAGUAAUACUGCAUUUGCAAUCGUCAAAUGCCCAAGUGAUGGUGGCAACUCUUCCAAUACCAUACUGUUAUUCCUCAAUUCUAAUCAAAUGAAGGGAAGAAAGUGAUAGAUUUCAACAUGGUUAUUUGAGUGAUAAAUUUCUCUUGAGAUCGAUUCACCAUGACAAUAACAUGAGGAAAAACUCUACUCUUCAAAUUCUAAAUCAUUUCAAGAUUACUUUAGAUUUAUUUGGCAAAACCUUUCAAAAUUUUUGGGUCUUCAAUGCUCUUCAACUUUGUACUUUUUUUUUUAUUAUAAAGAGUCACUUAUGAGUCUUUUGUAAACAAAAGGCUCAUCUGGCGUACAAAAUUAUAAGCCUGGUAUCAUUGAUGAUUCUUUUUUGAAAUAGUCAGAUAAAUAGUUAAUUCAAUUCAUACUGAAAGAUAGAUAAGCAUCAAUACUUUUAGCAGUAAUAAGUUGUACUCUAUAUAUUGUUGAGAUAGAUCAUCCCUGUAUUGUUCUUUUGCGUGGAUACUAAGUAUUUAAAUGAAGUCAUAAUCAUUGUGUUCAUUCAUUGUUAUGUAGUUACAGUUAUUAGUUUUUUGUAGAUUAGUCUUUAACUAUUGUCUGUGGAUGUAUUUGUAAAACAUUCAAAGAAAAACGGGGAGAGACUUGUCCAUCAAGUUAAAUGUUAUAUAUCUCACUUUUUUUUUUACAGCAAGUUUUCGUCUGAUAAUCUGAUUUAUUUCAUUGCUUCAAUUUUUAUGGAUCAUUUUCCUUUCAUUAAAAAAGAAUACCAAUCAGUAUAUCUUCUAUUUAUUGAAAACUAUUAAUAGAUUAUUUACAAUUUAGAUAUGAUUGUUUUAUAUUUUAUGUCCAUUAAAAAAUCUUACCUGUUGAUGAGUUUGACUAUUUGAAAAAAAGAAUUUAAUCUUUUUAACCAUUUGAAAGUUUAUUGUCACUGCUCAAAAACAAACAGCAUUAUUAUUAAAUUUAACAUGGUCAGUUUUCCUUAUAUUUUAUAAUUGCUUGAUGAUUUCAGAAAAUUCCAUACAUUUGUGAAUCUUCAAAUACAAUUCAUGCAUGAAUCUUUUUUAAAAUUAAUCACCUUUUUUAAGAUUAAUUUUAAAGUAAAUUGUAUAUUCUGGUGGAGGGUCAGGCUCUCUGUCAUCUCCUUUUCCAUCCAAAUAUUUUUAUUGCAUUUUCAUUGGUUAAUGUUAUGAACUUGCCUUUCAAUUUGGAAUUCUUCAUGAUAUUUCAAGAUCUUUAUUAAAGUGGGUAAUUUUUAAGGGGUUUAUUUUUGCUAAUUUUGGGAUGAAGAUGUAAUCAGGAAGAUAUCCCUUCAUGUAAACCUGUAAGGAAUAAGGAAGAUCAGAUUCAGGUAGAAAAGGCAAAAAAAUAAAUCUUGCGAAGUGUUUAUCAUAUUCAAUGAUAUUUAUGGCCCUAGAAAUCGCAAAAUUUAAACUCUGAAAAAAAAACCAUGAUAUGUUAUUCCUUAAUGUUUUUAGUGUGAAAAUAUACUGUGAUAUGUAUUUUAUUAAAUAUAUUAUAUACAUUUCUUCUCAUUCAUAAUAAACAUGUUAAUGUUGAA